UAAAAUUGCUUUAAACAUUAUAUAAUACUUAAAUAAUUGAAUAAACAAUGAAUAUGUAUAUAUUAUCUGCUCUUAUAUUGACUUUAGCGUACACUUUGAGAGCAAAUGAGGUCCCAAAAGUCAAUAUUAAUGUCAAUUUUGAAUACUUUUGCUCCGACUGUACAAAGUAUGUGAGCGAACAGUUGUACCCCACGUACCAGAAGUUGGGCUCAAUAUUGGACAUACAGCUCAAUACGUUCGCAUUCUAUAGCUGGACCAAUAAAACAAACCCCGAUGGCACCUAUGAUAUCACAAUCAAAAACUUGACCGAAGUCCAGGGUACUCUCAUUCAGGCUUGUGUGAUGGAAAUGGAGCCAAUAGACAAGACCCUGGCCCUGUUGUCCUGUAUGUUUACAUCACCUGAUUAUCAGACACAAGUGAACGCCGGGAAACAGUGUUCAGAAAAGUUGGGUCUUAAUUGGGCUCAAAUAAACGAGUGUGCUCAGGGUCCUUUAGGCCGUGGACUAUACAUUCAGGGCUUUGAGCGAAUGAUGGCGGUUAAACCCAAAAUCACCUGGUUCCCAUGGAUUAUUGUCAAUGGCCAACACACUGAUGAAUUACAGGAUAAGGCUGAACACCAUUUCAUGAAAAUAGUUUGUGACACUUACACCGGACCAAAACCUGAUGACUGCAAGAAUUUAUAAGUGUUUCGCUUUUAUAAUUUUUCUAUUACUGUAUAAUAUAUGAUGAUUUGAUAAAAUAAAAUUUCACGUGAU